UCUGUCACCAGCCCAAACAUCAAGAUGUCCAUUGAAUGCAACAAGGCCCUACUAUAUCUAUACUCCCGUUCGUAGUAGUUACUACGAUUCGGGAGAUGACUCCUUUGUCUUGCCAAAGCUGCCAGACGAUGAUUGCCAGAACCGUGGAUGAGGGUUGUUUUGCAGCGGGGUGAACAAACUGUCGUGGUCAGACAGGAACGACCCGACGCUUUGCCGACUGCCGUAGCUGCUGCCGCCAUAACUUAGCCGAUCGUGGUCAACGCUGGCGUAGCUAUUGGUACGUUCUGAGGCCGCCCCCCACAGGUUUCUUGCCGCUGCGCCGUUCGAAAUCGACGAAGACGGGCUGUUUGGCUUCGACGCCGAGCUGCCUUCGCUCGUCCAUGACUGCCGCGUGGUCGGCCAGGCUGCGGUGGUGUGGGCAGUUGUCGGCGCAACCAUUUGCCGUGACGAAUUUUGCCAGGUGAAGAAGCCCGCCCCCGCUUCCGUUUCAAAGUUGUUGACUGGCGCGACGGUAUGUGCAUGGGAGUUCUCUGCAGUGGCGCUAACAUCGACGACAGAUGGAUUGGUUUGUGUUGUGAGCGGCCUCGACGAAGCCGCAGAGGCCGAGCUGACGCCAGGAAUCGCCCCAGAGCCGUCCACCUCGGGAGAUAGCACGUGGACUGAUGGCGCGGCAGACGACGGAUUGUUCAUACCGCUCUUUACCGUUUGCACCACGUUUGCUUGGAAUCCUUCAUCGUCGUUGUCAUCGACGGAGCGCCGAGUACACAACAAAUAUCCAAACAACCCGAGGACGACGACACCAGCGACGACACAACCUACGAUGAGAAACAUGGUCGUGCCGCUGGAUGCUUCUUCAGCUUUGGUUGUGCUAGGUGGCGAGGGUGGCGAAAGGUUUCCCGGAGACUUCCCAGAUAGGUCCAUCGAGAUCGAAUUUGACGCCGUUGGCGCAGGUGUGUUCUCUGGUGCAACGGAGGGGGUAGAAGUCGUUGCUUGCGGUGCAUCGGUGAGUUUGCCGGCAGCUUCCGCCGUCGUCGGCGUCUGCGGUGCGUCUGUCUUGCCAGUAGUUGUAUUCGAGGGUACGGCCGACGUGGUCGAGGCUGUGGGCGGUGGUGUGGUUGAUGGAGCUACCGGUUCUUUGGUGGUCGUUGCAUUUCCUUGGCCGGACACAAGCAAUGCGCCAAACGCGAGCAAAGCAAUCAAGGGCGACUUCAUCGUCGUCGUCGAGUGCCGAUCGUUGCUGGAGUGGCGCGCGGGUUGAGACUGAGGUGGAGCAAGUUACCACAGUUUCACACACUCUUGUCG